AUGUUGCCAGAUACCUUGUUGGCAGAUGCCGCUCAGCUACAAACUCUUAAUCUUUGCCAUAACAAACUAACCACGGUGAACAAGCAUCUACUGCAAUCUUUAGGCAAUUUGAGCAAGUUACAGCUUAGCCAUAACCUGUUGUAUUUGAUCGAUGUGGAUGCGUUCAAGUCUCAGUCGAAGUCUCUAACAUCGCUAAAGCUCGAUCACAACCGACUUACAUUGCAUGCAAAGAACAAUGGUGCCACUUUUGGCAAUACGGAAAUCAACAGUUCAUCCUGGGUCCUUUUUAGCACUUUGCACAAAGUUAGACGUCUGGAUCUUUCGUACAAUGCAAUCGACCACUUAUUUGUACCGUUUCAAAAUUUCAUGGAAAGCCUCCACACGCUUAUCCUGUCGCAUAACUUGAUCACACAUAUUGGCUAUGCAGAACUCUCAUUUCUUUUUAACCUUGAGGGGGUCAACUUGAAGUCAAAUAAGAUAGCCCAUCUCGACUUCAACCUUACCUCCAUUCCAUCGCACCAUCUCUUCAAUGGUCCAAUCCAGCUAAAUGAUAAUCCAUUUAACUGUGACUGCAUGUCCUACCCGCUAGUAACAUAUCUUAAAGCAGAAUCGUACUCCAGUAAAUCCGACAUGCUAGAGGGACUUCAAUGCGCUCAGCCGUUAAAACUGCUUGGACUCCAACUGCAAGACGUGCAACUGGAGGAUCUUAUUUGUGCCAUCGAUGCUUCCUCUGGAUUCUGUCCAGCUGAGUGUAAAUGCUACAAACGGGCCGUGGAUCAGUGUGCCAUUGUAAACUGCACCGCGUCUAACCUUACCCGCGUGCCCGUCAUCCACAGUCCCUCGAUCAUCGAGUGCAAUUUUAUCGAGCUGCAUCUGGCACAGAAUAAUAUCCGUUACCUAUCCAACGAGGGUGAAGGAUGGAAUUCCGUUCGUUGGCUUAACGUAUCAAACAAUAGGCUUAUCGCUCUGUCUGCAGAAAGUCUGCCCAAAAACCUUGAGCUACUCGAUGUAUCUGGCAACCAAUUAACUGAGAUUGAUGCGGUCUUCAUACAGAAGCUCAAGUCUUCCACCCUGCUUAACAUCACCCUGUCGUCAAAUCCUUGGAAGUGUGACUGUGCAAACCCACUGCUUACAUUUGCAGUUGAUAAUGCAGCGCGCAUUACCGAUUACGUUGUCCUUCAGUGCAUUGACGGACAACCGAUAAACUCGGCUACACUGAAAGAGCUGUGUGCGUGGUUAACAUUAUUUCGUUUGUAUAUCGUUAGCGCAGCAGUUGCGGUGGCGUUUAUUGGCUGCAUACUCACCAUAUGGUUGUACGUUAAAUAUAACCUAGAGAUCAAAGUGUGGCUCUUCAAGCAUAAUUUGCUACAGUGGUUUGCCACGGAGGAACAAAUUGAUAUGAAUAAGAGGUACGACGCAUUCAUCUCGUACUCACACAAGGAUGAGGAGUUCGUCACAAAGGAACUGUUGCCGAAGCUCGAGAGCGAAGAGCUCAACUUCAAAAUCUGCUGGCACGUGCGUGACUUUAUGCCGGGGGAGAUGAUCGCCAACGAGAUUACGAAAGCUGUUGAAGAAUCGCGACGCACGAUUAUCAUCCUCUCGCUCAAUUACCUCGAGUCAGUUUGGGGCCAAAUUGAGUUUAGCACCGCGUACUUACAGUCGUUGGCGGACAAGUGCAACCGCGUCAUUCCCAUCAUUUAUCAAGAUAUUGGCGAUAUCGAACAACUUGAUCCACAGCUCCAGGCGUACCUAAAGACCAACACGUACGUCCGCUGGGACGAUCCGUGGUUCUGGGAGAAGUUGCACUACGCCAUGCCUCAUAAGCGUCGAUUGAAGGGUGUGCAGGGAACCGACAACAUGUGCAUGGAAUCCGUGGACAAACGAAAUCCACUAAAAACACCAACCACCACUACACUGCCCAUCAACGUGGUUGAAAAAGACGAUGCCAACAGUGUAGGGACGGGUAUUUCGGUUAUUUCAAGUGAACGUGAAUGAACUGAGCUGUUCAUCACUGAUCUUUCGUAGUUUAACAUACAGCGAUACUUGUAGAGAGGCGGAUUAUCAGAAACCUAGGCGGUUAGAAGAGUUGAGGCCCCUUGUGUUCGUCUAGCCAUACUCGAUAAUCUGGAAACAAUAAACAUACUCGACAAAUGAUCCCCGGAGCCCGCCAAGUCCACCCACCGUUAGAUCCACCAUUGCAUAAAGAGUUCAUGAAUCGGUACACUAUUCGAAAGAAUCGGUAGAACUACAGAUCGGGUGGCUUAGUCGCCUGAACAAUAAGCCAAGGUCGAUUAUUGUAGCAAAUAUCUAUUAUUUGACGCUAGAACGCAUCGAGCUUACAGGGUUUCACACUUUAUCUCAAGACCGCGGGACCCCUUCCCGAAUCUGUCUUAGUCAAUGCCAAGACUGCGGUAUGAUGCUUGAAAUCGUUGAUGAUACCUGAAUUCUUCGGAUGCAAUGCUGAUUCUGCGGCACAUUUCUC